AUGAGCUCCAUGGCGCUCAGCGUCGGUGUCUGGCGGCCCUCCCAGCUGCUGGGCCAUGGCUUCACCCAGAAGACAGGAAAGGUCUGCUGUGGCCCAGAGGCCAUCUUCAAGGAGCUCUUUCGCUGGCCGCACUAUGGGAAGCUUGUCAUGGGUGAAAUGCUGUCUAUUAAGGUUUACAACUGCAGCAAGGUAUUCAGGAACAGCAGCAUCAAGCUGGCAAAGCUGGAAAGGAGGAGGAUGAGCAGACAAACUCCUUCUUUGGGGAUCUACAUUGAGUUGGAUUUGCGCUACCAGCCUCCAAAUAGCUCAGCGGGGAGCUGGGUUGAAGAGGAUUUUGUCUAUCUUAUGAAAGACAGUUCAGAGUUAAUCAUCCACAAUCCCGGAUUUGAGCAGCUGGAGGCUGCUGAGUGGCUGAGAGUGAAGGAACUGGACAAGAAGACUGCUGCACUAGGCAGGAAGCUGGCAAAAGGUCUGGAGACUGCGGAAGAAGAGGAAGAGGAGGAAGAUUUCUAUGAUAUAUAUGAUUUUGAGGACUCAGGCAUCAUCUUCAGCCCUGAGAAGAGCCGCUCCAGACUCUGCUCUGCACGGGACCUCUUUGCCAUCCCAACUCUGCAGAGUUUCCAGGUUGGGAUUAAUGUAAUUGAAGCACAGAAGUUGGUGGGGGUGAACAUCAACCCCUUUGUAGUCAAGGUGGGAGAAGAAAAGAGGUACACGGCAACACAGAAGUCAACAAACUGCCCCUUCUACAAUGAACUAAUCUAUCUUGCUCUUCUCUUCCAAUACUUUUUGUUUGACUUCUAUGAGCCGAGGGACAUUUUAUUGCACAGACUCAUAGAGAUCUCGGUUUUUCACUCAAAGAAGAUACCAUUUCUGGGAACUUGCAUAGGAACAUUCAAGAUGGAUGUUGAGACAGUGUACAGCCAGCCAGAUCACAGGUUUUUCCAGAAGUGGGCAGUUAUCAGUGACCCCGUGGACACCCGGGCAGGCGUGAAAGGCUUUGUGAAGUGCAACAUCUCUGUCUCUGCACACGGGGAUGUUGUGGGCUUCCUUCCCACCUAUUCCAGGAACCAGGAUGAGGACAUUGAAAGGAAUCUGCUGCUGCCUAAGAGAGUCCCUGCAGAGAGACCCUGGGCCAGGGUCUCCAUCAAACUCUAUCAUGCUGAGGGUCUGCCCAGCAUGAGAGCAGGCAUCAUGGGUGGUAUCUCCAAGAUCAUAGGGGAGAGAAAAGACUUUAUCGACCCAUAUGUGCAGGUCUCAUUCUGUGAGCAGCAGGGGGAAACGUCAGUAGAGACCAGCACCACUGAGCCCGAGUGGAACGAGCAGAUCAGUUUCAUUGAGAUGUUCCCACCUCUGUCCAGGAAGAUAAAGGUCCAGGUGCGGGAUGAUACCAGUGUCGGUGAUGUGGCCAUUGCUACACACUACAUUGAUCUGCAGGAGAUCUCGGACUCUGACAGGAAUGGCUUUAACCCCACAUUUGGUCUAGCCUGGGUGAACAUGUAUGGCUCCCCCCAGAACUCAACUCUGCGGGAUGUCCACAAAGACCUCAAUGAAGGCAUGGGUGAGGGCAUCUUCUACCGUGGGCGCAUCCUCAUGGCCAUCACAGUGGAGACCUUCAGCAGCCCCAGUGCAGCAGAGAGGAAGCUUGGGUACAGGAUGAGAGGUGCCCUGAGAAAAAUGAAGCUGAAGAAGAAAAGUAAAAAAUCCAAGGAGAAAACUAAAGAACUGAGCCAGCUGCAGGGAGAGGGGGAGGCUGGGAGCUCUCAGGAGGCCGAGCAGCCCAGGGAGGUCACUGUGAAGGUCGAAGAGCUUCAUCCACUCCCUGAGAAUGUGUUGGGGAGAAAGGAUGAAUUUCUUCUCUUUGCUGCCUUCUUUGAAGCCACUAUGAUGGAUUCCUCUCUCAGCUCGAAACCUGUCAACUUUGAAAUCUCUAUAGGAAACUAUGGCAAAUCUGAAGAGGUUGUGACCAAAGGAUGGCAAAAAGUGGAAAAGGGAGAAGUGAAAGAAGAAAGGCAGUCUUUACUGAAUGCUGGUUCAGAUGGUGAGCUGGAUGCUGAAACCCUGACUCCAGCUUUAGCAGCAAUGAACAAAUCAGUUACAAAGAGUCAGAGACCAGAGCCCAUGGAAUAUGACAAGUCAUACAGCUGCCUGCCCAUGACGCAUGAAAAACCCUGCAUGGAUGUAUGGAGCUACUGGGAGGAUCACACCUGGAGACUCUGCAUUUCCAACCGGAUUGUCAAACUGGCAGAGCGCCUGGAGCAUGGUUUGGAUGACAUGGAGAAGCUCUUGAGAAGACCAAAGGCUAAAGCAGAAGAGCGACUCCGAGAGGUGCUGGAGGAAUUUGUAGGUGGAUGCAGGCAAUAUUCACUCAGUACAGAGAGAAAAACAAUGGCUCAUCCAAAUAACCUGGACAGAUGUCGGACAAAAUACCUGAUGCGCAACACUAUCCUGUAUGCAAAGCAGGGGCUCCGUGUGAGGCGGCACCUGACCCGAGACAAUGUCAAGGAGAAGGUUAAGGAGACAAGGAGGAUCCUGGCAAAGAUAUGCUCUGUGGCUAAAGAGCCCCAGUGCACUCUCCCUGAUGUACUCAUCUGGAUGCUCAGCAACAACAGGCGUGUGGCACAUGCCAGAAUUCCUGCACAAAACAUCCUCUACUCAGUAGUUGAAGAGGAGAAAGGCAAAGACUGUGCAAAGAUCCAGACUGUCUUUAUGAAGGUCCCUGGCUUACACACUGGUGAAAUCUUUGCCAAACUGGAAAUCUACAUGUGGCUUGGGGUAACCAAAUAUGCGAAAAACUGUUUGGCAGAGCUGCCUGAAAAGUUCCUUUCUGAGAGUGAGCAGGAGAUAGCCCAGCUCUCAGCAUACAGCCCUCCCAGCCGGCUCAGCAGGGAUGACUUCAGCUAUUUCCAGCUCCGAGCCCAUCUGUAUCAGGCUCGAGGGAUCCUCCCUGCAGAUGAUAAUGGCCUUUCAGAUCCAUUUGCAAGAGUGGUGUUUUCAACUCAUUGCCAGACCACCAGGAUGCUGGAGGAGACACUGAGCCCUAUGUGGAACAAGCUACUUUUGUUUGACCAGCUUAUUAUUGAUGGGAAGAAAGAAGAGUUGAAAACAGAGACUCCCAUCAUUAUAAUCAACCUUUUCAGCCACAAUAAAUUUGGCUCCUCUGACUUCCUCGGGCAGGCCUUUCCUGUCCCACAGGUGAAGCUGGUUGAUGAGCCAUACACCAAACCUGCCCUGCAGUUCUUUGAUUUCUACAGAGGCAGCAAAGCAGCGGGAGAGCUCAUUGCCACUUUUGAACUGAUCGAGCUCGAUUACAGUGGCUAUUUAGAGCCAUCAGUGCCUGAUAAUGUGGAGCCCAAGGAGCCUGACUACCUGGAAGACCCCCGUGCUGGACGGUUCAUCAUCCCUGAGGGCAUCCACCUGGUACUGAAGGAGUUUCGCAUAGAGAUCCUGUUCUGGGGCCUGAGGGACCUGAAGAGAGUGAACUUGUUUGAGGUGGAUGAGCCUCAGGUGAUCAUUGAAUGUGCUGGCAAGGAGGUGGAGUCAGAGGUUAUUGCGUCCUAUAAAGAGAACCCCAACUUCACUGAGCUGGUUAAAUACAUGGAUGUGGAGCUCCCAGAGCAGGUAUACCUGCACCCUCCACUCAGCAUCUUUGUGAUGGAAAAGUGUGCUUUUGGGCGCACUGUGCUUGUGGGUAGCCAUGUCGUGUCUGAUGUGAUGAAAUUCUCUCCCAGAGUAUUGGAAGAGGAACCAGGGGAUGUGCCCAAAGCUUGCAAUGUCUCAUCUCACCAUCUUCCAUCUCAGACUGUGGUAAACAUUGGACUGGCAGCUGGUGACCCAGGUUCCAGCACUCACCCCCUUAGUUUUGUGAAGGCUCCUUUGAGGAAAAUUCCUAUCAAUAAGCUUGUAAAGAAGGAAGAUGAAUCUGAAGAGGAAAAAACAGAACUAAAAGAACUGGAUUGGUGGUCCAAGUACUAUGCAUCCCUCAAAGAGCUGUAUAAUCAGGCAUGCAGUGAUGAGGAAGAUGUUGAGAAUGAUGACCUGAAUGAUGCAGAUGGAGGGAAUUUAAAUGCAUCUUCCAUUGACAUGGAAGUAGAGGAUGAGGCAGUGAUUGAAGCUGAACCUGCUCAACCCAAGAGGAAGCUCAUUGCCACCCUUCAGAUCUACAACUCUGAGCUGGAACAUGAGUUUGGUAAUUUUGAAGACUGGUUGUGUAUUUUCCCCCUUCAUCGUGGCAAAGCAAAUGAAGAUGAAGAUGGAAAUGAGGAUGAACCUUAUGUGGGGAAGUACAAGGGCUCCUUCUAUGUCUACCCCAGUGAGGAAGCUGUUACAGAGCCCAAGGUCUCCCAGGGCAUUCGAAGGAACAGACCCAUCAAGGUUCUUGUGAGAGUUUACAUUGUUAAGCCUCUUCCAGUGGAAGGCACCUACAUCCUGUCCAUGGAGGGCCAUAGACAUUCUUCUCACCUGCCACAUGUGGGUAACAGAGCCCCUCCUGUUCUAAAUGGCUACAACAUGUGGCGAGAUGCUUUUAAACCCACACAGAUCUUGGAUAGUUUAUGCAAGAAAAACUCAAUCCCUGCUGCAGAGUACAGAUGGGAGGAGAUCAAAGUGGACAAUAAAAUAUUCAAGGUCCCUCCAGAGGCUUUUCCUGAAGAGGCUUCUGUGAGGAACAAGAGAGGAGUGGCAGAUGAGAACUUGUCACUGGAUGUUGAAUGUAAGGCUUUGUAUGUCCUGCAACACUGGGAAGAGAUGCCAGGAUAUGGGCACAAGCUAGUACCAGAGCAUGUGGAAAUCCGGUCUUUGUACAACCCGGAGAACCCGGGGCUUGUGCAGGGCUCCUUGCACAUAUGGAUUGACAUGUUUCCAAAUGAUGUCCCUGCACCACCACCUGUCAACAUCAAACCAUGACUGCCUGUCAGCUAUGAGCUCCAUGUGAUUAUCUGGAACACGGACAAUGUGAUCCUUCAUGAUGUCAACCCAGUAACAGGAGAGCCUUCUAGCGACAUCUGCGUGAAAAGCUGGAUAAAAGGUCUUGACCAUGACAAGCAGGAGACAGAUGUUCACUUUAACUCCUUGACUGGGGAAGGCAAUUUCAACUGGAGAUUCAUCUUCCGCUUCAAUUACCUCCCAACUGAGAAGGAGAUCACCUACAAGAAAAAGGACUCUGUCUUCUCCAUGGAGGAAUCAGAGUUUCGGGAACCGGCUGUUCUGGUCCUCCAGGUCUGGGAUUAUGACAGGAUUUCUGCUAAUGACUUUCUAAGCUCCAUUGAGCUGAAGCUGUAUGACAUGGUGUGGGCAGCCAAGAGCUCUGAGCAUUGUACCAUUAAAAUGGACAAGGAGAAUGCAACACCUCGAUUCUCCAUCUUCCGAAAUAAGCGCAUGAGGGGCUGGUGGCCCUUCAUCAAACUCAGAGAUCAAGAAGAUGAUGAGAGAGUGGAAAGGGAGUACAAGAAGAAGAAGAAGAAGAAGAAGAAGAAGAAGAAGAAGAAGAAGAAGAAGAAGAAGAAGAAGAAAAUGAAAUGGAGCGGCACAGUCAGACCGGAGGACAUGGAAUUCACAGACCCCAGUGGGAACAAGUAUUUCCUGACAGGUAAGGUGGAAGCGGAGUUCCAACUGCUGACUGUGGAGGAGGCUGACAAAAGUCCUGUUGGCUUGGGCCGAAAAGGGCCUGAACCCCUGGAAAAGCCCAAUCGGCCCAAAACAACUUUCAACUGGUUUGUGAAUCCCAUGAAGACCUUUGUGUUUUUUAUCUGGAAGUGGUACAAGAGAUACAUAAUUGUGCUGUGUGUUGUCACUGUUCUGACAAUCUUCCUGGUUCUUUUGGUCUACACAAUGCCUGGAUACAUCAGUGAGAAGAUCAUUAAUGGAUAAAUGCUCUUCAGCAGAGGACUAUUCAAAGAUGGGUGGUUGUGGCAGGAAUCAAGAUAAGAUCAGAAAGUUUAAUGAAAACCUGUGGGUGCAGAGACAGCCUAGAGAGACAGAGACCUGCAGAAGUGAGCUUUGUUUUCCUUGUGAAUAAAAACUCCUUUAGCUACUCUCUCUGAUGCUUAUGUUUUUUAGCUGCUUUCUGGCGCUGGGGGACAACCUGUUUCUUUGUGUGAUACAGGCUGAUCCUGGUUCAGCAGUCCUCACUACUGCCCCUUUGCCCUCCUUCCUGAAUAGUACAGCAGCAAGGACUACACUGGGACAAUAUGGGGUCAUGAGUGUGCUUCUGUGUUUGGUGUUGGGCUGACAAAAACUACAUGAGAAAAUAAAUUCAUAAAUUGUUCUUGGUAUGGUUUGUGGUGCAUCAGGUUUCCUGUCAUCUGCACAGACAAGCCCUGACAUGAUCUGAAUCCCAGUGGAGGUGUUUCAACCAGGGUUUUGAGAGGACAGAUUCCUUCUGAGUAGUGCAGGUGAUGCUUAAUGGUACCACAGCUUUUCCAAAGAAUUUAUCUGACUAUGCAGUUUUAUAGCAAAGGUGCCUGCCUCAUGGCCUUUUGAAUGGGGCAGGAAUAGAGUAUGUUUUGGGGACAAAACUAUCUGGGCAGAGCUAGGCAGGUAGGUGUGAAGCAGGUGAGGACUCUGGCUGGACAUGAACUCAGAAGUCAGUGUGGGGCAGACAUGAUGUUCCCCCAGUGAGUCUAGAGUUCAGCCAUGGGGUGGGGACCCCAGAAUGCCACAGAGAGAGGCCUCUCUCCCUCCAGGGGAUCUUUGGACUGCAAGGUGGGGGUGAAAUAGGCUGCAAAGGGCUCAGGUCAUGCUAUACCUGCUUGGGGCUACAGCAAAGCCCUGGGCUGUGACAGUGUUGCAUCACCCCCUGUUUUUUGCAGGGCUUAUUUAGUGGGAUGUUGCCUUCAUAAAUAGUGCCUGGUCCUCCCCAGCAGCGCCCAGUGGGCCCCAGCAGGGACUGCUCCAUUCAAACAAACUCAGUGCACUCCGGCACAUCCAGUGCACACCUCCAGAGAGGCCUCUUGGCUCUUUCAGUCAAGAUCAACCACAUUUCCCACCAUACCACCUGUUCAAAUGCUGGUGUUGGUCUCCUUCUCAUAGCAGAUGAAGCUGGUGGAUUUUGGUGUCUUUCCUCUUGUGUUGGUUUUGCUUUCCCCGAGGUCUGGGCUGGUGGAGCGGUUCCCGCGGCUCCCUCAGCUCCUGGCUGAUUGUCGGAUCUUGGACCAAAAUGAAGCAGAACAGUUCAGGAAAAAAUACCUGUGAAAAAUGUGUAUUUUAUGAUUGGCUUUUCACAAAUAUUAAAAUGAGUAUUAUAUGUGUUGUGUUAGAAAGUAAUGCUGUAUUAAUUCUCUUAAGUAGUGUGUUAAAUAUAGUUUAAGGUUAUAAAAAAUGUUAAAAUAGAAACUAUGCUAUGUAGGAUACUUUUUUUAAAGAAAGGACUUGCAGUGAGAUAGCAGCCACAGGACAUCUAAAUCUUUCCGAGAAAAAGAAUAUUGCCCUCUUAUCAGAAGAAACGAACUUCUUCCUGCCUUGAAGGCACUGAUAGGAUUCAGAGGAAGAAGUUGAUGAUGCCAGGCCGAAUCCUGUGUUUGAAUGGAAUUUAUGCAUCAUGUAUGAAGUGUAUGAAUAUGCAAUAAGCUGUUGUUUUUAAGGGUUAAUCCUUUGUUAAUGGGGGUCCUUUUUCGGGCUUGUGCUGCCCAGAAAAAGGUACCUGGACGUCUGUAACUCUUUGUUUCUGUUGUCUCAUACUGUCUUAAUUCAAAUUGUCUAAAUU